AUGGUGAAGCUGUUUUGUAGCGUUGUUGGCGUGGCGGGAAGCGCGUUCCCUGUGAACAUCGACGAGCGCGAGUCGGUGGGAGACUUGAAGGAUGUGAUCAAGGCGAAGCAGCCUGAAACGAUCACGGUAAAACAAGCCGACAAACUGAAGCUCUUCCUGGCGAAGAAGACGGACGGCACGUGGCUGGAUGGGGCGGGCGUGGCAGCUAUGACGCUCGACGGGGAUGGACAUCCGCAAGGCUUUCAGCAGAUGAAUUCUACAUUGUGGAUCAACAAUGAGAAGCACUUUGGGAAGAGCUUUAGACCGGCUGAGGGCGACGUUCACGUGCUGGUGGUCGCUCCCAAGAUCGACUCAAAACGCCCAGCAGAUGAUGAGCUUAUCGCGGCCGUGAAAAGAACGAAGACCGACGAAUUUGCAAAGCUAUCCGUGAAAACAGACGAAUAUCAGCUCGACAGCCUGACUGCGACGCAAGAAAGUGCCACUCCGGUUGUUCGCACACCUGACUUGUACAAGUUCUGGCAAGGAUUUGGUGGAUUUCCGCCGUAUUAUUUCGUUCGGAAGGAAGAAGUGGUGUUUUGGGAGGUGAUUAAAAAGUUCAAGUCGACUAUGACAGAAAGAAGGAUUGUGAUUGUAGGCUCACCGGGAGUCGGAAAGUCCUGCUUCCUCCUGCUUAUUGCGUUCUACUUGGCGUGUGUGGAGAAACGAGAGGUGCUUGUAAUUCGAUGCCUGAAAGAAAGCGAACGUGCGAACGCGGUGGUGUAUUUGAAUGGAGACGGAAAAUACGCACGACUAACGGAUGCCCUACCGAAACAUAUAUACGCGAUGCGCCGUCAAUUUCCGAAGGCGAUCGUUCUUGUUGAUGGCUACCGGCAACGAGAAUUGACGGUACCCAGCCAAUUGGUACCGUUUCACUUUCUCGCGACGUCGUGUCAGUUCGAUGUGAGGCAAGAUGACCAGUCACGCCUUGUGGUUUUGCCGGCGUGGCGCAAAGCAGACCUGCUGACAUACGCGCAGCAAACCAACUGGGUGAUCGAUACUGGCUUACGCAAGAUCUUGCAUUCGGUGAAGGACAAAACUGUGCCAAUACUAGUUGAAGAGCAGUACUACUACAGUGGUGGGAGUCUACGUGAGUUUUGUAGGACGCGUGAUGAACUUCAAUCCCGAGUCGUGGAUGAUUGUGCAGCAGUGAAAAGUGACCAAGCAAACGAGCUGAUGUGCACUUAUGGCGGUGGUAAAUCUCAAAACCAAGUGGACCGACUUCGGCGUCACUACAUCGACGACUGCACCAAGGAGGAGCACUAUCGGCGGCGUAUUCACUGGACGCUUUCUGUCGACUCAGGGUAUGCGCUGAAACUGUUGGGGAAGAACGUGAGUAUGGAAAAGCAGCUAGAGAUCUACACGUAUGCAAAAUCUAUUGGUGCCGGCUUCCACGGCGUCGUAUUCGAAGUGUUGCUUCACAGUGCAGUUCAAUAUCGCAAGCCCGUUGUUUUGAAGAUGCGGGAGGGGGCGAAAGUGAGAAAGCGUGCCUCGCCUGCUUGACCACACUGGAGCAGGACACGUACUGGUGCCCGGACUACCCGUUUUUUUCCUUUCAUUGACGCAGUGACCACGUGUAAAGCAUUCACAAGAGGAAAUGAAAGCUCCGAGACAGUCGUGGCUUACAUUCAGGUGACGAUUUCAAGCGAGAAAAAAAUCAUGGAAAAGAAGUUAACUGACCUGAACAUAACGCUGGAUCAAAACAAAUCGCUAAAAGGAUAUAAAGCGCGUGUUUGUGGUAGCUGGCCCUGACUCCAGUGUGUGCGGGAGAUUUGAACUCCAUGAUGCGCCAGACACAUUUAUUACGAUGGUGGGCCGAAACUGCUGGAGCCUAAGCAAGAUGAGAUGGAUGUAGAACAGUUAACUUGACAGAUAAUCAUUGGUCAAAUGCCUGAGUCGGUUGGGUCUCAGAAUUUUAAAACAAGAUCAAGAAUUUUCAUUUCCUU